CAUAUCUCGCCGUGCGGCCUGCGCACCCACUCACUCAGCCACGGAGACAGCCUGAGUCACCCACCUCGUUGAGAGUCGAAGCCUUCCUCAGUUCCUCCAAAUCCCACCGCCGAACAGAGGAGAACCCCCACCGCCGGUGCACGACCCAGCCUCCACCCAUCCACCCAGCAGCGUUUCUGGAGCCCACCCACCCAACCACCGAUUGUCCGACUCAAGUGCAUAUGGAGCCCGAGCCAUCUAUUCAGUUUGACGUCAGUUCAAGUGAGAAUAUGGGCGACACUGGAUUGCCUCCAGUUCCUAUUCCGAAUGAAUCAACAAGCAUCAGAUCUCCGACUGCAUUGCCUCCUGUGCUAGCUCCUCAGCGAAACACAAGGAAGCUUGCUAGUAGAGGCCGAGGGAAAAGGCGGGCUAUUGAAGAAGCUCCCGUUGAUGACUCUGCUGAAACUGAGACCGACGAAGGUAAGAGAAAACCUUGUAGACCUAGGUCUUGGACAUGGGAUCACUUUACUAGAGAUGAAACUAGUAAUUCACAGUAUCCUAGAGCUAAAUGUAAUUGGUGUGGGGCUAGUUAUGCUUGUGAUACACAUAAAAAUGGCACUAGUAACAUGAAAAAUUACUUCUUGUCACAAUGCAAAAAAUUUUCGAAGGAGGCAUUAGAUCCUACCCAUAACUUUGCUAUCAGUUUAAUGACAAUUUAUUUUUAUUUUCAGUUGUGUUGAUUGUUGAACUAUUAAACUUCUUUAAUUGUCGUAUUUGAAUUCUGUUGUCGUUAUAUUUCAUUAGAUCAAGACUUUGUUACCUAUUGUGUAUUUUGGUUUGUCGAUUUCAAUGUUAUGACUUUGCAUAAUAGUAUGGUAGAAUUUUUUUUU